UCUACCGCUAAUUGAUAACGCCGACCCUCUCUGGCCCAGACGCAAGCCGCGAUAAACCACCUCUGCAGGAACGAGAAUCGUGUUGGAAACGAGGCCGCCGUUAUGUCUCGUAGAACCGCGGGGCCAGACAAGGCCGAACAGAAUCGAGCCACGUUGAAGCAGUUGGUCAAGUUGGAAUCUAACAAGAGUUGCGCGGACUGCAAACGCAACAAGCAUCCGCGAUGGGCGAGUUGGAAUCUUGGAAUAUUCAUUUGCAUCCGGUGCUCGGGCAUUCACCGCGGCAUGGGAACUCACAUCUCGAGGGUGAAGUCCGUGGAUUUGGACUCGUGGACAGAUGAGCAGAUGGCCAGCAUGCUCAAAUGGGGAAACGGACGAGCGAACAAAUAUUGGGAGCACAAAUUGGCGGAAGGGCAUGUGCCUAACGAGGCCAAGAUUGAGAAUUUCAUACGCACAAAGUACGACAGCAAGCGAUGGGUGAUGGACGGGCCCAUCCCAGAUCCGAGCACCCUGGACGAUGGAGGCGUGGACGACGAUGUGCCCCUGAAUGUGGUACAGCAGCAGGUGAAGGAGCGUGAGAGGAGUGCGAGCAUUCGAAAUGGACAGGCGUCAAGAGCGGUACCAGGCCCAUCGGCGCCGCAGCCCCAGAUGGAUUUGUUUGGAGAUAUGAACGAACCGGCAGCACAACCUGCACGACCAAGUACAACGGAGCCGUCAAUCAGCAGACCUGGACCUCCAAAAGCACCUGCGGCAGCACCCAAGCAAACUAAACCUGGCGAGAGCUUGCUUGGGCUGGACUUUUUUGGAGGCACUCAAUCUGCACCACCCGCCCGCCCUUCCAGCACUGGUCCAAGCGCAGGUGGAGUUGGCAGAUCGGAUCUGAAGCAGUCAAUUCUAUCGUUAUACGCAUCAAAGCCUGCAGCUCCACCAGCACAACCCGCCGCCAACGCAUUAUCCUCACCUUUGGCGUCGCCCUCAUCCCAGUCAAACGCCCAAGUACUCGGCGGUCUUGACGAUGCGUUUGGCUCGCUCUCUUUCUCCGGCCCGCCAGCGCAAGCGAAACCUGCACCUUUCUCGAACUUCUCCGCGCCAACCGGGCAUUCUAGGCAAGCGUCCGCGCAGAAGACAUCGACCCUCAGCGGUGGCAGCUUUUUCGACAUGAAGCCUUCGCCACCUCUGAAGCAGUCAUCUCCCCUGGCUUCGCCACCUGCUCAACCUGCCAUCACGACCAGACAGCCUAGCAACAGUUUCGGCGCAGAUUUUGGUGAUUUCUCAUCAGCAGCCCCAGCAGCGACCACGAAAAGCCCACCGGUGACGACCAGCAGCAUGGGCGACUUAUUCGACAUGAGCACUCCCGCUCCUGCUCCCGCUCCGAAGCCAGCGCCAGUGAACAAGCCUCCUCCGAUACAGGCUGCCAACUUCUCAGCUUUCAAUCUCUCUCAACAAAGCUCCGCCCCGGCACCAGCGCCAAAGCCCGCUCAAACUUCUGCAGUGCCUACAUUCGCCGGCUCGAAUGUCUGGGAUUCAAAUGACGCAUGGGCAACGCCAGAUCCAGAGCCGGCCAAGACUGCCCCAGCACCAGCUACUGUUUCGACUCCCGCCUUCAAGUCUACUCCAGCCCCUGCUGUGACGACGAGUGCGUUCGAUUCUGGUUGGGGCGAUCCCGAGCCCGCUAAGCCUGCAAACACGUCCACGAGCGCUGGCGGAUUCUCCGUCCAGCAAGACGAGGAAUUCGGAGGGUGGUCACACGCCAGUCCAGUCGCCACAUCUCCAGGACCAGCCAAAACGAGUGGAGGCAAUGUGAACAAUACCGAUGACCUGUUCGGCAACGUGUGGGGGUAGAUAGACCACGAUCCAUCAUGAGAUGCGGCCCCUGGUUUGAUAACGAAUAAAAGCAACAGAUC